ACUAGUAGUACAGAGAACUUGACACGCCAAAAAGAAAGUCCCCACUAUGAUCUACCCAGGUACUCCAACAUCUCAAGAGCUAUCUCAACUUCUCUUUUUCCCUCUCUCUCAACUCCAACUCUUCCUUCCAACUAAAAAUUCUAGAAAUUCAACUACGUCGGGAACCAUAAAAAAGUUUGACGACUUUGUCUCUCGUUGUAACUCCUGUCCUUCUUUUUACCCUUACUCUCACUCACUCCUACCAAUAUCGCGUGUUAUAUGUGUGUAUAGAAAUGCAUUAUUAGCAACCCACUAUGUUACCGUCUACCGCGUCACCAUCUCCCACCACUAUGGCACCCACCCACGAUAUUCAUGAAAGCCGAAGGUCUUUUAGCUCCCAAUGCAGCAGCAAUCCAGACACAUCUGCCAUAUCCUUCGAGUCUUCUUUCAGAUUGGAAUCUGGUUAUCCAACUCACGACUCUAGCACUGAAAAACAUCCUAAGGGCAAGCGGAAGAGAACCACAACCCAGGAUAAAGCUAUCCUCGAGGCCGCGUAUAACGCCAACCCGAAACCCGAUAAAGCAGCGCGUCUCGAUAUCGUGAGUCGCGUCUCACUUAACGAGAAGGAAGUUCAGAUCUGGUUCCAGAACCGUCGACAAAAUGACCGACGGAAAUCACGUCCUCUUUCGCCGCAAGAGAUUGCGGCACUCAGAUAUGGUGGUGGCGUGCAGAUCCUGUCCUCCGACCCUGUACCUACACCAAUAAGUACAUCGAAUGAAGUCAGUCUGCUAGAGGAUACGCGUGCUGCAAGUGAGAAGGCUCCUGGCAUGGAGAAACUACCUCUCAGCUUCCAGGACGCGAUAUCCGAACACUCUUUAUCCUCUUCUCCAACGUCGAGUAAUGAGGAUCAUCUCGCAGCCGAUAGAUCGCCGGUUCCGGAACCUGAGGGUUCUCAGAAGGGCACACCAACAUCGUCGCAGAAAUCUGAUGUCGAAAAUCACCCUUUCCCUCUAACCGCGUCAACGCCAGUCGCUUAUUUGUCAAAUCGACGAAGUCUAGAAAAUUCCUUCACAACCCCCUCUACGCUGGGGCGAGCUGGUGAUGAUUCGUUUAGAUUCGGAUCAUUCUCAUCUUCUUUCAACUCGGCCGCCAGCAGCUCCCCGGCGUCUGUUCUCCCCUUACCUUCAUCGGCGUCGUCACAGGUUCGCUUGUCUCUCUCCUUGGAUGGAAAAGCCGAGUUAGUUGCUUCGCAGCCAUCCCCACCACGCCAGGCGCAGUCACAGAUGCAAGGCGACGCAGACACGUUGCCUCCAGUUCGUGCCAACCGGACUCUUCAUAGGAGUCGGAGUGCCCUUCCCGGCAUCACGCUGCCGCCCAUCUCGACUCUUACUGCUCAUCUCCCGCCUCAGCUUAGCCGCGGUCGUUCACGGGACGUCCACGCGUGGGAAUCGUGCUGCGAGGCAGAUUCGCGGGACGAGCUGACGAAACUAGCUGAGAAUGAAUCCUCUGGAUCCGCAGUUGCUGCCAUUAGCCUCUUGCGUUCCAGCAGCAGCUCUUCCAGUCUCAGCAACCUAUUCCACAACCAUAAUAGCGCCAUAAAUGUGCUACAGUCCAACCCCAACAAGCGUAAUGCACCGCAAAAUAAGGCUUCACAUCGUGAGGGAACGACUAAGAAGGCCAAGCUUGGCCGGGCCACUAGCAGCAUAGCACGCAUGCAGAGCCUACCUCCGGCGCCAUUACUGGAUACGCGAAAGGAAACACCGGAACCAGAAAAGAAAUCGGGAAAGGGUAGUCUGUCCGUUAUCUUGAGUCCUACAGGCGGAGACUCGGACAAGGAGAAUUGGAGUCCAAAGGAGAACUGGAGUCCAGAUGAGGAAGGCAAUCAGCAACAACAAAAUCCCCGCCGACGACCACUACCAUCCCCUAAGAUCCCAGCGCAGGUUAUACCGAGCAAGAACCCUCGUCGCGUUGGCCGUGUGCUCGGCGAGCAGGAUAGCACGACUAAGCGUUCUCUACUCUUCGGAAGCAGGGCAAAUACAGCACCCUCUUCACGGCCACGAGAUGCUCCAUUAUCAAUAUUUGAGGAUAAAGAAAACGGUAGUGUGCAUGGGAGCACGAAGGGUGAUGACCAGGAAGUUGAGCAGUUCAUGCAAGGCCAUGUCAGUCCCAGUAAGCGUGGGGAUAUGGAUUGCGUUGCUGGAUUGCUGUCUCUUAGCCAGGGAAACUGGCGCUGAAGAAAGCGGAAUAAAAAGAAGCGAAGGCUUGACAAGUCUUGAAUGAAAGGUUUCGUCAGAUGGAUAACCUACCUAACUACCCUAGGUAGUUUAGAUUUUGCAACAAAGUCUAGUC